AUGGCUGCGACUGAGAAGUCCCAGCCAACGCUGCGAACAGCACGCCUCGAGCUGGUGCCUCUCGGGCCGGAGCAUCGGGAGCACACAAUGAAGCUCGACAUGGACCCGACGGUGAUGAAGCACGUUGCAUUCGGCCGGCCCUUUACCGAGGAUGAAGCGAUCCAAGUGCAUACUUGGCUGAUGAGCUGCGCAACAAUGGUACCCGGUUUCGGAACUUGGGCAGGGUUCGCCGAUGGGGAGUUUGUAGGCUGGUGGAUCCUGGGUCCAGUCCCCAAGAAGGACAGCCCUGAGGAGUAUCUGACCGACCGCACCGAGUAUGGAUUCCGGGUAUCGCCAAAGUUCUGGGGACAGGGAUAUGCAAAGGAAGGGGGACGAGAGAUGAUUCGCCAUGCGUUCGCAGACUUGGGGCUAGCCGAGGUGAUUGGUGAAACGAUGACCGUCAAUACCGCAUCACGCGCGGUGAUGGCCAGUUGUGGACUGAAACAUGUUGAGACCUUUUUCAACACUUACCCAACUCCACCGCCGGGCAUUGAAGAAGGCGAAGUGCGUUAUUCGAUUUCAAGGGAGGAGUGGUACGCGACACAAGAAGUUAGUGUAUCGCGGGAUUUGAAGCAGCAAAGUUGGUCGCCUGGCACGGCCUUGUACAAUUUCUACGGCUAUUUGCGGAAGAUGCUGUGGUAG